GGGAGGCAGGGAGAGAAGCGGGGCAGAGCCUGGGGCAGGCACCCCCGGGUCGGGCCGCGCCGGCCGGCCCGGGCACUUCAAUGCAACCCCUGGGGCUCCGGCUUCCCGCUGAUGAGAGCGCUGCAGGGCUGCCGAGGCCGGGGCGUCGUCGUGGGCACCGUCACCCUCUGCCUGGCCGCCGGGUGGGCUCUGCAGACUCCUGGAGGAGUAUCCUUAGUCGUCCCACAACCCAACAUCAAUGCAACAGUGGCACAAAACAUCCUCCUCUCAGUUGAAUACACUUGCAGAGGCGUGGCCACCAUUGAGUGGAAGCAUGUAUCAAGCUGGGGCACCACCAACAUUGCUGAGUGGAGAAGUGGGAAUUACAUCAACAUAUCCACGGUCUACAAGGACAGAGUGACUACUUUUGAAAAUGGCUCUAUACAGCUUCAGAAUGUGGGCAUGAGAGACGCUGGCUACUAUUUCGUCACUGUAACAGAGGAGCAUGGAACCAAUGCCUACGGCACUAUUGUAGUGAAUGUUUAUGAGAUUAUCUAUGAAGAUUUGCAUUUUGUAGCAGUUCUCUUCGCAUUUCUCGCUGCAGUAUCUGCCAUUCUAAUCUGCUUAAUGUGGCUGUGUAAUAAAUCUCUGCAUCUAUUUCAGAAGAAGACAACACACAAACUAACAGCAAGUACAACAGAAGAGAUUGAACUGGAAACCAUUGAGUGUUAGCCAAGGACUGUGUCAUAAUAAAAAUACCAAUUCUACCUCAGGAGAAAGUAUUGUCCAAGAAAGCAAGAACAAACCUAGAAGGUAAAAUGCUUGUGACUACUGCAGAAACAUCCUGACUUGCAAAGUAAUUAAAUUAGCAGUGUCUGAUGGAGCUGUUUUGACCUGUUAAGUUUUCAGUUCUGCUAGUCAAGGUCAGAGUAAAAAAGAGUAUGCUUUCAUGCUGAGCAUGAACACAUUUUUGUGGUUAGCUAAUAAAAUCUACAGCCUCUACCACUCUUAAAAACAACCAACCUACCAACCAACCAACCAAGCCUCUAAGAUCAACCCAUAAAGGAAAUUAUCAUGGUCUGGAAGGACACCUGCAUUUUGGAUACAGCAAGUCUCCUAUUACAGACAGAGUGGUCAUUAGCAUCCAUCAACAUAAUAAAUUAAAUAUCUAAUUACAGUAUUACAUAAAAAAAAUUAAUUGCAAGCAUUGAAUCCUGUUUAUUGCACCUAUGCUGCUACUUUUGGGUGUAAGGAACUUCCUGAAGCUCUGAAGACAAACUGCAAUUUUUCAUGAGACAAAACUACAGUAAUUUCACAAAUACAAGCCGCACCAUUUUGACCAAAAUUUUGCUCCUACACUGGAAAUGCGGCUAAUACUCAGGAGUGGCCAAUAUGUGAAUAAUUUUCUGACGUUUUCAACCUCGAGAGUGUAAACCGAGUCAGUGCAAACUGCAAAGUCAAGCACCUGCCAGUAAAACCCUGCAUUUAUGCGGU